AUGAAGGUGGCCCCAAAUUUUUACUCCCCAAAAAAAUUGGGUAAAAGUUUGUUCAUCAAGGUAUUUAGUCCACAUUUAAAGAAGAAAAAGUUUGAUAGUUUGUUAUGUGUUUAUAUGUUAUUACACAAAUCAGGCAGUUAUUGCUUGAUUCUACAAAGAGGUGACUUUGUAAAGUCGCAGGCAGGGAGAAUGGCUUAUGACCCAGUGAAGGUUAUAUUGUCAUCAGAAACAGAGGAUUAUACAGACUAUGUUUCUCAUUUAACCUCCUUGACCGAAUUAAAUAAAGUCAAAGCGGAGCAUAACGUUUUAACUAAGGAACUGAAAGAACUUUUAGAAAGUAAACAAUUACUUACUUACCGCCAUUAUAAAGAAUUAUUAGAGGCCACAGAAUUCUCAAAAGAGCUUUUAGAAACUCUUCUUUCUGUUAGCAGUAAUUUACAAACAUUUAUCGAGAAUCUCCCUUGUUUAACUAAGCGUAGUGAGACUUUUUAUGAACACUCGAUGAGCUUUUUAAAUAACUUAAAAGACGAUCUAUUUUGUCUUUUUAAAAGUUAUAAAAUAUACGAAAUACUUGAACUCCCUGACCGCAUGGAGGCGUGCGUUAGAAAUGGCCGUUAUGAGGAUGCGCUUGAAAUUAAAUCACUAACUGAACCAAUAGAGAAACAAUUUUGCCACGUAAAGUUGAUAAAAGAAGUCGUUCAAAAAGUUAAAAAAGCAGAAAUGGUGAUGCUUCAACAACUUUUCGAAACUUUACGAGGAAGUCUCAGUCUUAACGAAAGUGUAGAAGUGAUUCAGCUUUUAAGAAGAACUGAUCAACUAACUGAGGACGAUCUCAAGGUGAAGUUCCUCCAGUGCAGAGGCUUCUGGUUUCGAAAAACUCUUGGCGAAGUAGAUUCAGGAGACCCGUAUAUUUUUAUAAGUGAAAUUUUCGAAGUUACCAAGACUCUUUUCUUUGACACCGUAACUCAAUACUCCACCAACUUCUUAGAGAGCAAAAAUUAUUUAAGCUUGUGGACAAGUACAGAGGUUUGCACCAUUAUUUCUCUUGUUAGGAAACAGCUCUCGCGUAUUAAAGAAGCUUCUGCACUUCGGAUGCUGCUGUGCAAAGUUCUUGAUGUGAAUGCCGUGUUGAGGUUAGUUGGAACGGAACUAUCUUGCUUGGUUGUCCCGGUGAUACACGAAGCCCUUCUGACUUUGUUUCAUAGCAGCAUUGCUAAAGGGGUAAACUCUUUCCUAGUAAACUUAAGUGAGUGCCCUCAAACGGUAUUAAAAAAAACCCACAGCGCGUCAUUCAGUGGCAAUAGCAAGGGAGCUCUCCAGCGGCUUCUACAGUUCUCUAGUCUAUCAUUAUUACUCAACGGCUUUAUCGAGUCCUUUAACCAACUCGCCGACUUCCCCGUUUCGGAAAUAUCGGUGAGUGUGGAGGAGUUUCUGGUGGGCAAACUCCAGGAGCUCCACGGAGAACUUCUGAAAGCACACCAAGAAGCAAGCGACAGUCCACCUCCAACAACAGUAAACCCUCCAAGUACACGCAGCCAAGCGCCAGUGGGAAGAACGGAGCACGAGGAAGGCGGGCUUCUGCGUGCGUUUCAGGAAGACUUUGUGCCUUUCGUUGACGACUGUUUUAGCUUCAUCUAUGGCACCCGUCUGCCUCUGGCAGGUGUAUACUCUCGUUAUCCAGACGCACUGCACAGCCUUGCGGAACUUGUGCCUUGA